CGCGUGUAAAUGUCCUCCAUAACGUCGUACAUUAAGAACAUUAUGUCUCAGUAUACAACACUGACAUGAGCAAGGGAGGGGCUGCUGUAAAACACACUGAUAGAAUGAAUGCAAAGAGCAUAAAGAACACUUCCUGUUGAUGCAAAAAUUGCAGCAGCAACUGUCUGACACAUCUGGAUUGGAGAGGGGGGGAGGCCUGGCUGUAGUGUUAGCGAACUACUGAGGGGAAUGGACAACGUUUAAUGCUAACCUGCAAGACGGUGAGUUUGGUGGACUUCAGCUUUGGCAUGGACUGAUGACCGUAAUGCGUUUGUAAUGUCGGCGCGUCUGAGCUUUCACACUGCUGUCGACAAACUGGAGAAACAUAUCCAAGAAAUGGACGACGGCAGCUACAUUGAGUUUGAUGUGCCGGAGUUCAGUAACACUGUUCUGACCCAACUCAAUGAGCUGCGGCUGCAGGGGAAGCUGUGUGACAUCAUUGUUCACAUUCAGGGCCAACCAUUUCGAGCCCACAAGGCCGUGCUGGCAGCAAGUUCACCCUACUUUCGUGACCACUCAGCUCUCAGCACCAUGAGUGGCCUUUCCAUUUCAGUCAUCAAAAGCCCUGAAGUGUUUGAGCAGCUUCUUGCUUUUUGCUACACAGGUCACAUGUCCCUGCAGCUCAAGGAUAUUAUCAGUUUCCUCACAGCUGCCAGCUUUCUGCAAAUGCAGGCCAUCAUUGACAAGUGUACCCAAAUCCUGGAGAGCAUCCAUUCCAAGAUCAGCCUCCCAGUUAGUGUCUGCAGCGAAGAGAAGGACAGCUUGCAGACCAGCCGCAAUGGAGUCAAUGACAGCAACCUGUUUAUAAACCCUACCCAGAUCUCCCCCCCUUACUACUCCCGGCAGAGUCAGGCAGGCCAUGAAGCACGUUUAGAGCUGGCAGGAAAAGCCCUGGGUCGAGUGCGACAGCAACAGGAGGAAGGCCAGUCGGACCGUGGCAGUAGUGACAGCGUGUCAGAGCAUGAUGCACCCAUAGAGGGAGAAACAGAGCAAGUGGAACUGAUUGGAAAAGAUGGGCAAGUAACAGAUGUGCAUGUGAAGAUUGAAAAGACCGACAGGCCCACUUACUCAGAUAGUUCCUCGGCUGGUGAUGAUGGCUACCACACAGAGUUGGUGGAUGGAGAGCAGGUGUUGGCUGUUAGUGUGGGUUCUUAUGGUCCAGUCAUCCAGUCUGCUACCUAUUCUUACUCAGGGCUGUCCUCCUCGUGCUUUGUCAACCUUAGCAACUCCAGUCCUUCUCGCUCCAUGCUCAGCGGCUUCAGAGGUGGGCGAGCCAGGGCAAAGCGCCCCUUGGCCAUCCCGGCAGGGGUGCUGAGUCAUGUUAAACCAGGCUCAGAAGAUGGUGAUUCAGUUGUAGGACCGACAGGGCUGGAGAAUGAUGUGCGAGAGCGUAGCCUGCGUAGCCAGUGGUACCCUUACAAUGAGAGACUCAUUUGUAUCUACUGUGGAAAGACCUUCAAUCAGAAAGGGAGCCUGGAUCGUCACAUGCGCUUGCAUAUGGGAAUCACCCCGUUUGUUUGUAAAUUCUGUGGCAAGAAGUACACAAGGAAAGACCAGCUGGAGUACCACAUCCGUGGCCACACGGACAACAAGCCCUUCCACUGUCAGAUCUGUGGCAAAUGCUUCCCAUUUCAGGGCACCCUUAACCAGCACCUGAGGAAGAAGCACAUGGGAGCAUCAGAGGGCAGCAAUCACAUGGACUCUCCAGAGAGGAUGGAGGGAAGCUCAGGUCAGAAGGACCAAGAGGAUACGUCUGAGGGGAUGGCCUUUGAGGCACAAUAUGCAGAAGAGGCACCAGCCAAUGAUAUGGAGGAGAGUUCAAAAUGCAGUCCAGAGGAGGCUCAAGCAUCGAGAUGUGAUUUUUAGGUCCUGCUUCAGGUUAAGGAAGCUUUAAGAAAUGUUUAUUUCAACUCAUUUUAAAGGACUCUCUUCUUUUUUGAAUUAACUCCCUCUACUAUGGACAUUUCUUCUGUCAAGGGUUUCUGUCAAUUUUGUGAAAGUUAAAUGCUACAUGCAGAAAGAAAAUGGGUGCUUUAUAGAAAUUUGAUUCUUUUGAGCAAAGGGAGUAACAGCUUACUAUUUUUGAGGAGGUCCCAAUAAUCAAGACCCCCUUAUUGAUUUCUCUUUUUAUCUUUCCAUGUUUUUUAAAACAUAUUUACAGAGUUAUAUAGGCAUGUUGCAAUAAUUGAUAAUGUGAAAGCUCUGGUAAGAUGCUUGUCAUAUCACCUUUUUACCUGACCUGUUUUUGCACAUGUGGCCACAGGAGGUCACUUACUCACAAGGAAUGAUUUUUCUGCCAGUGCAAAGCUUCGUGUGACAUAUCUGUUCAAUACCUCAUAACACAACUACAUACUCAUAACAGACAGUAUUUUAAAUGAAACUCACCAGGUUCUACCUCAUAGCCAAGAACCUACCAGGCACAGACGUGUUCACGUUUAUAAUCCGUUUUAGGUUGUAUGUACAGUAUCUUAUUGCCAAACUCUGUAAAGAAUAUUCUUUCAACACAAAGCCUUGAUACUUAGGGGAAAUAUUCCUUGCUGAUUGUAUGGAUUAGGGACAAAGUCCUUGUCAAAUGUUUCAUGAUCAGCCAGACUGAAAUGAGGAUUAAGAAGGUGCUAUGUUAGGAGUGCAUUAAAUUUGCUAGCUUAUUUGUGUGCUUUUGGCAGUUGUGGAGAAUAGAAUAAGAGAAUGGCCCUGUUCUUUUUUUCCAAGAUACAAUUUAUGCUAUCUUGUAAUACUUGUUCUACAAAACACUUCAGGAUUUUAUCCCUCAUCACUACUGGAGAUCUCACUCUGUUGGCUGAGGCAUGGUUUUAGAUGCUGCCAUCCAUGUAAUGGGCGAAUUACGUCCAUACAGUGAAGUCAUUUGUAUUCCUCUAUACUCUCAUGGCAGAUUUAUACAGAACUGUUGUGUAUGUACUUGUUUUGUCCUAAGGUAGGCUUCCAUUUCAGUACUCAGUGUCUAAGAGAGACAGGAGUAUUCAUUGUCAACUCAGCACAGCAGGAACAGCUCUGGAUCUGUUCACAUAAAUCACUAUAGUAUACUAGUCUGAACAAUAUGCAAACAGAAAGAACAAAGGAAUCUCAGCCAUUAUGACAUGGUUUUUCUUCCAUUAUUAGAAAGAGCUAUUGGUUUCUUUAUGUUUUUUUAGGGCUGGGUGAUAUGGCCAAAAAAUAAAAUCUUGAUUUAUUUAUUUUUUUAAGCCAUCUUGGACGAUUACCAUUUCAAUGGAUUUUUGUUGUUUCUUUGCGGUCUGUUUCUAUGGCUAGUGCUAGCCAUGCUGCACUCCCAUAGCUGCGAGCACUCUUCCCAUUCUUUAGGAUGCCUCUGCCAGAGGUGCUGAACGAGGUCAGUUGUGCUGCUACUCUUCAUUUUCACAGUACUUUUGCAAACCUUGCACAUGACUGUAGUUUGCUCUGUGUCAGUCGUGUCAAAGCCGAACCACUUCCAUAUAACCGAUGUAACAUGAGGCCCUUUUCCCAACUCUUCGUCUGCUGUUGUGUCCGCCAUGACAGGGGUGUGAGUGUGUUGGCGGAAGGAGAUGAGAAGCGGAAGCAAACACCGGUACACAAAUCGUAAAAGGCAGAAGAAGAAUCUGUAUUGUUAUAUAUUUAAGCUCGCCUCAAUUUUACGAUUUGGCAAAUUUUCAAAUCGUCAGGUUUUAAAAAUGCGAAUUAAUUCGAUUUAUCGCCCAGCCCUAUGUUUUUUUUUUUUCCAUCGUGUCCUGCCUUUUAUGGUGGGACAGUUGAUCUGUGAUCACUGUUUUCUGCAUUGUUUGGGGUCAAAUGCAGAUUUUGAACAUGUUUUCCUCAUUUAUCAAUCCUAUUUUAUGACCUUGUCAUAGAUGGGACAUAGCUAGAUUACAGUUAAGAGGUAAAUGUUUUAAGAGGUGGCUGGUUAUCCAAAGUAUUGAUGCACUUUGCAGAGUCAGUGGAUGGGCUGGGUGCUGUCCCAGUGAUAAAAUGUGCUCAUUUCUGUCUUAAUUCUGAUGCAGCAGCGGCAGUAUCAGAGUAGUACGUGUUUUUUCCACCGAGUUAAAAAAAAGUUGUGAACUUUGAUGAAACUCUGCAAUCACAUGAAUACUAUUGGCUAUAAGUUAUGCAUACACUGCAUAUUAUCUAUACUCUUUGAAUAUGGGGAUGAGGGAUGGGGAGUUGUUAGAAUCUAGAGACUUGAUUUAUUUCCAUGGUGAUUUUAAAAUCCAUAUCCACACAGUAAAAAGGCACUUAGAAGGCCUGAUUGAUUAUACUGUCAUAAUUAGCUCAUUUAAAUCUCAGCUGGGUGGUUCCUUUUGUGCUAUCCUGCUUUCUUACUUGCCAUCCAGCUGUUUAAUGCCUUUUUUUGAAAAGCACCCACUAUAUGCUUUUAGUUUGUCCCAUCUGGUCCAUGCUGAAUUUGUGUCAAUGAAUUGAUUAUUUUACAGUUUUCAAUAAUUUUCUACUUUGUGUGCUAUUUGGUGGGAGAAUAUUGCGUUUUGUUGCUUACGUCUAAUGUUACAUCAGGAGUGCAGUCUUUUUUUUUUUUUUUAAUUCCUCUGAAUGUGCAGUUGUCGUCUUUACUCAUUGACAGUUAAGAUAGCAAACCAAAAUUUGGGGAAUUUAGCAAAAAUCGGUAUAGCUAGCUUUUAGUUAUCUUUUGUGUACGAAUGAAUCAUCAACAUUUUUAGUCAUCGUCAUCCACAGUCUGUCAGUCUGUAAAGUACUUUUAGAUGAAUGUUUUUUUGUUUUUUUUUUACAAAGUCAAGUUUGUUUCUCUAAGCAGCUGACGUGUGCAGUUUUAUCAGCUGAUCGGACCUCAUCAAAAUCAGUUAUGACUAAUUUGAAUCUCGCUAUAAUAAUUCUUGACCUUCAUUUAGGGAAAAAAGAGGAGAUGCAUACCCUUUUGAAAUAUUAUAAGUGAUGUUUUGUGAAUACUGGGUACAAACUCCUAGAAUAAUUUUGUGCCAAGCGACCACACCAAAGACUAAUGGGUGAUUUUUAAAGGUAAAUUUUGACUGUAAUGCAUAAUUGGAUGCUCAUUAUAAGAAAAAUAGGUUGUUAAUUUAGUGUAGGACUAGUUCAGUGCUAUUUGCAAGGAAUGGAUGUUUCCCAGCUUACAGCAAUCACUUGUGUAAAAUUUGAACAAUUUGCUAAGAAGACAUUAGGUUGAGAAGUCAUAGGUAACGUCAUAUAUUAAGCCAUACAAAAGCUGACAAUUUAAAAGUUGUGCAAUAGGUAUCAUAAUUGUUAAAAAGCCAAUGUAAACAAAAGAGAGAAUACUUCACUAAAAGUGGCAUCUUAAACUUAGUGCCUUGCCACUAGCUUUAUAUUUUAGGUUCUGGCACUUAGGUUCCUGUGCCUCUUUCAUUUUGAAAUAAAUUAAAUGGAGAGAUUAUAAUAAAAUAUGGCCACGUCAUUUAGUGUAAAAUGAUGCCAAGAAUGAAUAGAAAUUAGUUCAUGUCAUUCUUGUCCAUUUUGUUGUUUUCUCAGCUCGAGUCCUACCCCUAAUUUUCACUUGUUCUCAUUUGAUUUGUUGCUUUUUGUCACAGGAUGGGCAACUGAUUGUAAGGUGGAACCGAUUUUGUAGCAACUGAUUACAAUCAAAUGAGGCAGACUUGUUCCCUGCAAGCAGUUGCCCCGUAUUCAGAGACUAUACUGUAUCCCUCCUCUCACGACUGAGGACAAUCUAAGCAAUGUACUGUAGUUUAGGCAUUUCAGUGAAGGAGGGAGAUGCACGAGAAACACAAAUCUACUUCCUUUUUGUUGUCUUGGAACAUCUGGCAGGGAAACAGCUGCCUGGAUAUUUAGCAGAUCAUAAACAGAAUAUUUGUGCAGAAGAAAAGCUUACCCUCAAAUACUGUAGCUGAAUUGCACAUUGCUCAACCACAAAAUUGUAUAAAAUUGCCAAUGGAUAAUUUUUUAAACUUGAGUUUUCUUGUAUUUGUGUCAUGCACUUAUUAUUAUUUUUUGGUUCAAAGUAUGUACCAGUUCCAUCCAGGAAGUCUAGUUUAUCUCUGUAGUUACCUACAAGGGUAACGGCCUCAAUCACUUUGGUAGGGACCUUUUCCCCUUAAAUGGUGCUUUUAGACUAGUCAGGUUUUUUUUUUUCUUCCCACAUAAGUAAAGUCCAUGUAUUCAUUUUAGACGAAUGGAGGGAAAAUUGUUUAAAUGCUUUUCAUGAACUAUAGUUACUUAUGUGAUAGUACACACCUACAGAACAAACUGAACUUGACACACACACACACACACACACACACACACACACACACACACACACACACACACACACACACACUCACACUCACACUCGAAUCGAUUCUUUGUCCACUCCUACUUCCACUCCUCUGAGAGGAACAGGAGAUGCAUUUUGGGCCACAAGUAAUCAAAAAGAAGUGUUUACAAGGAAGGCUGUCAGACUACUUUUUGAAAUUGCAGCUCGUCCUAUUCCUUUUAUAAUAAACUCACUUCAGGUAGUUUACGAACACUGAUAAGGCUUAGAAAAAAAUCGUAAGUCUUCCAUAGCAUUUCUGUCAGUUUCUGUCCACUGUGUAUUAUUAAAAAAAAAAAAAGCAAUAACCUUUUUAAAAGUGAAAGUGGUGUAUUGGGAUCAUGAAGCCUAUUGAAAUAUUGGCCUGUCAUAUAUCAAACAAACUGAAUGUCAGGGAGCUGUUGAAUUGAAGUAGGACCAGGACAAUUUGAUAUUGAUUUUAUUUUUUAUAUGCUUUCUGAAACUUUGGACAGGUUGACUUUCUCUUCGGGAAAAAAAAAAAAUCUAAAAGUGAAAAAGCGGUGUUGCUUGCUGAUGUUCUAAAUGCUCAUCAAAAUCCAGUGGUAGUAAACUGCAACACAAGAACUGAGCGCGUGGUUCAGUCAUCAAACUCAGUGGCACUGUUCAGAGUUGCACCUCCAGCUGAGUUAAAUAAUGAAAGGGAUUUUGGGCUUUAUAGCCACUGUUUGGGAGCGGGCUAUCUGUUGGCAUGUUGAGGUUCGGUGAUCUCCUUUGGCUCCUCAGGCGCCGAGACUGUAGUUGUAGUUGUUCAGGAUCAGAGGGGAAGUUUUCAGUCUAGGUAUUGUUUCCUUUUCCUUUUUUAACUCCCUAAACUCUGCACUAUAAUGUCUCUGGCUCUUAUGUAUUUGGUGGCAAGGCAAAAAAACAACAACAAAACCUUAGAACUCAGGGUAUAUAGUGUUAAAAGUGGUCUCAUUGGACAUACAAACUAUGUCCAUAGUAUAAUUGUGCACUUCUCUUCAGGUGGGGAAACAAGUCCUCAGUUAGUGGUUCCCAAACAUUCUGCCUCAACGUCUCAAUGAGCCCAUAUUUUCCACAGAGCUGAAGCUUGAGGCGCACUGGAGUCCACGAACUGAAGCAUGAUAGCAGAAAUAGUCCCAGCUCCUGUUUUGUCCACUCUACACACAACCUCACAACCCAACUGUGAACCUCAGAACUCUACUGUUUUGUACAACUAUGAAGUAAAUGAAGCUAGCUAGAGCUGAUGUUGUAUCUAUUGCCAUUUAUGAAUUUAUUUUAUAGCAUGAAAUAAAAUAUAUUUAUUCAAAUUAUAUAUUUUACUCAUAAUCAUUCUGUGCUGCUUCAUUUUGGUUCUUAAGCUUGUAAAUUGCUUUUUUAUUAUAUAAAAAAUGUCAAUAGAAUAAUGCGUUUGUAAAAUAAAGACGCUGAUUUGGCUCGGA